AUGACAUACGUUACUCGACAGCCCAUCAAGGGCGUAUACGUACUCGGUGCGCUCUUGUUUGAGCUCGCACUUACCCCAUUCUAUAUCAUCAAAUAUUGUAUUGGAUCCUGUCGCCAGCAUCAGAAAUGGACACUUCGACAAGCUAUCCUCGUACGCGUUGUUUCCUCGGCGCUUUAUCAUUUUGCAGCUGUGCAAGUUGAGACGCCGCUCCCACUCACAGCAGACAGAGAAAAAGAGCGUUUUGUGGUUAUUAAGCCGGCAAAAGACGAUGCGUACAAAGGACCACUGAGGAGCAAUAAGGAUGUGGUGCCAGUAGAGAUUGGCGCGACAUGGUAUCCAGCGCCGUUGACUAGUGGUAGCGACACCAGCAAUGUCAGGGUUAUUCUUCACAUGCAUGGCGGUGCAUUUGUAGUGGGAGAUGGACGAACGUUCGGAACCGGUUAUAUGGCCAACAAGUUUCUCAAAUACACGCCUGCUACACACGUAUUUAGCCCCCAGUAUCGACUUUCCACACUCCCCGCCUCGAAGACGUCGAAUGCCUUCCCAGCCGGACUUCAAGACGCCGUGACGUCAUACCUCUACCUUGUCCAUGACUUGAAGAUCCCCCCGAAGAACAUCGUAGUCUCCGGCGAUUCAGCUGGCGGAAAUCUCGCAACCGUCCUAGUUCGCUAUCUCUCUGAGUACGGACCUGAACUGGAUCUACCUACUCCCUUGGCGGCGCUGCUCUGGUCGCCGUGGAUAGACCCCUCGAACACAUCUUGCUCUUAUGUCCACGACAACCCAAAUUAUAAGACCGACAUGCUUUCCCCGCCGCUCACUCAAUGGGGCUCAGCCGCGUACGCUGGUCUACCUGGUCUACAGACCCUAUCUCAACCAUACAUAUCGCAGAAGGAUAAGACUUUCAAAUGCGAGGUACCUAUGUGGGUAAAUGUUGGAGGCGCUGAAGUACUAUACUAUGAUGUCGUUGAAUGGGCACAAAAGAUGAAAGAAGCGGGCAAUGAUGUGCAGCUGGAUAUUGACGAGUAUGCGCCGCACGAUAUACUGGCACAGGGCAAUAUCCUGGGUUUCAACAAGGAGGCUGUUGGCAUGGCCAAGAGAGCCGGUGUGUGGCUUAAGGAGCAUGGUAUAUAGAGACAGCGACAAAAGGUGAACGUUAUAUUGAUGUGGAUAAGCGCUUCGGCUUUUCUCAGUGGAUGGUGUAAUUAUUUAACACAGUCUAUAGAAGCAGGAGCUACCCAGGUACCAAUGGACCAUGAACCUUCUUCAAUCUAUCUCAACAAUAUAUCUCAAUCGA